CGCGGUUCUGCUCUGCACCCAGUCGCAGCCCCGGAGCGGUCGCAGACGGAGCGCACCUCUCAGCAGCCAGGCGCGCCCUGGGGACCCCGUGGAAGAGCGGCUGGGUAGCUGCUCUUCCGGACUCCGGAAUCCCGGCGGUCCGCCGCGGUGUUCCGAGCCCUCCGGUCCCCUGAGCGCCGCAGCCAUGGGCAUCCGCGGCAUGCUGCGGGCAGCCGCGCUCCUGCUGCUCAUCAGGACUUGGCUAGCAGAGAGCAACGGUCCCAGUCCCACCCCGAAAUUCCACUUCGAGUUCUCCUCCAAUAUGCCCAAAGUCGUCGUGGAUCUCUUCAACUGCAAAAAUUGUGCAAAUGAAGCUGUAGUUCAGAAGAUUUUGGACAGAGUGCUGUCGACAUAUGAUGUCCGACUGAGACCAAAUUUUGGAGGUGCUCCUGUGCCUGUGUCGGUAUCUAUCUAUGUGUCCAGUAUUGAACAAAUUUCAGAAAUAAAUAUGGACUAUACAAUCACCUUGUUUCUGCAUCAGACCUGGAAGGAUACACGUUUAGCAUACAAUGAGACCAACCUGAACCUGACCCUGGACUAUCAGAUGUACAAGAAGUUAUGGGUCCCCGACUGCUACUUUGUGAAUAGCAAAGAUGCUUUUGUUCAUGAUGUAACUGUAGAGAAUCGUGUGUUUCAGCUUCAGCCAGAUGGGACAGUGCGAUACGGCAUCCGACUUACCACAACAGCAGCCUGUUCCCUGGAUCUGCAAAAAUUCCCUAUGGACAAGCAGGCCUGCAAGCUGGAGGUGGAGAGCUAUGGUUACACAGUAGAAGACAUCAUGUUAUCCUGGGAAGACAGUGAGAAUGCCAUCCACAUGACUGAUGAGCUGCAGAUCCCUCAGUAUACCUUCCUGGGGCAGACAAUUACUAGCAAGGAGGUGUACUUCUAUACAGGUUCCUACAUGCGCCUAAUAGUGAAGUUCCAGGUCCAGAGGGAAGUCCGCAGUUACCUGGUGCAGGUCUACUGGCCCACAGUCCUCACCACCAUUCUCUCCUGGAUAUCAUUUUGGAUGAACUAUGGUUCCUCUGCAGCCAGAGUGACAAUUGGCUUAACUUCAAUCCUCGUCCUGACCACCAUCGACUCACAUAUGCGGGAUAAACUUCCCCAUAUUUCCUGCAUCAAGGCCAUUGACAUCUAUAUCCUUGUGUGCUUGUUCUUCGUGUUCCUGUCCCUGCUGGAGUAUGUCUACAUCAACUACCUUUUCUUCAGCCAAGGACCUCGGCGCAAUCGCCGGCGACACAGGAGACCCAGAAGAGUUGUUGCCCGCUUCCGCUAUGAAGAAGUGGUCGUGCAAAACGUGCAGGAUGGCCUGAUUAAUGUGGAAGAGAUAGUAGAAGACAGAGCUGGCCCUCUUCCCAACAGCCCCAUGCAAGCCCGUCUGGCAAGCCUGGAAAGCCUUGACUCUUUGGCGUCCUCCUCAGAGCCAGCCCAGCUGGCCACCUCGGAAAGCCUGAGCCCAGUCUCUUCCCACUCAGGCCAGGCCCAGCUGGCCACUGGAGAAAGCCUGAGCAAUCUCCCCUCCACUUCUCAGCAGAGCCUGCAGGACUGUACCAUUCACUUCCAUGGCUUUCACACUAACGACAGUAUUAUCCCUAUCAAAAUCCACCACUGUGCUGAGGCCCAUGGUGAUGACGAUGCCGAAGACAGCCUGAGUUCAGAUGAGAGCCAUGGUCAUGGCUAUGGCCCCAGUGGAAGAAGCAUGCCGCCCCAUGGCCAGAGGUGUGUGCAGGAAGCAAGCUGGGACCUUGAUAAGAUUGAGAGCUUACAGGAUGACAUCAGUGUCAAGAGCAGCUGGCUUGGCCUUGAUGAACAAUGCAAGGGGGAUGCUGACAGUGUCUGGAGCCUUACUGAUGAGGAGAUCAUGGCCUGUGACCAAGAGAAGGACAGUAGCUCAGAGUCUGAGGAGAAUUGCCCCCCGAGCCCUGGGUGCUCCUUCAACGAAGGGUUCUCUUUCAGGCUCUUUAAACCUGACCGGGUUCCUAAGGUUGACAGGUGGUCCCGCUUCCUCUUCCCUCUUUCCUUUGGGCUGUUCAACGUGGUUUACUGGCUUUACCACAUCUAUUAGUUCCCCGUGCCCGACAGCAGCAGAGGUACCAUGCUGUGUUCCCUUUACAGUUCGUAUGGUUUUGUUUUUGCCUCUUCCCUUUGUUCAUUUUAUUUGGCAGUUAUUUAGGCAAUCUGACACAUUAUUAUGAGGUGGGGAGAAGCUGGUGAGAACAUGUGGCCAGAGGGGAAGGGACUGAGGAGGACUUGAAGGUACAAUGCACAAUGAUUUCCUUCCUCCUAGCCGAAUCCUGCCUUUCAAACAUUUUGAACAGUUCAUGGGUCUAGAAAUGCCCCUAGAAAUGUUUAGAGGACAGAGAGGAGCCAGGUUGGGGAACAAAGAUCUAAGCCUGAUUCAGAAACGUUCCUGGGGGCCUUCUGCUUCCCUUGAAGUGCUGAAAUUUCCUAUUCUUUACUUCUUUUCUUCCUGGGUGUCAGGCAUCUUGUCCACCUGAUAAAAAGGGCUUUGUCAGAGAAAGCCAAGCUGAGUUGCCAGCAGUGUGCAGAAGGGUUAGGCACGGUUUCACCAUUCUGGGGCCUGGCUAAAGGACAGUUGGGGAGCAUUUGUAAGUUCCUUGUGCUCACUAUCUAGGGUUGUACUUUGAGUGUGGAGUUGUGCUACAGGAGUGGGAAGGGCAGGUGUGUCGGAGGAGCUGCCGAGGGAGACAGCAGGGUAAGUGAGGAAGCACGUUUCCAUUGGGAGUCUGUAGGACAAGAGGGCAGCAUUGGGCUGGAGCCUAUAGACGUUCAGCUGGUCCCUUUGAAGGGCUUAGGCCUUCUCUUACCUGUAUUUCUGCUUCACAGUGCUUGGCAAUAGGGACUCAAUACUUCUGUCCAGUCAGGAGUUAGCUGUCUAUCAAUUGGUGAGUUGAUCACUAGUUACACUAUAAGCACUUGGUAAGUAAGUACUAGUUAAGAAAGUUCAGACUUACUCUUUCACCAUUUCGUCUAGAAUAGCAUAUGGACAAUUAUUAUGAAUCUAUAUACUAACCCUUUCUAUUUGUCUAGCGCAUAGUAAGUGUCAACGAUUUCAACCCACCACAUCGUUGGAUCCUCUUAGGAGCCCUGUGAGCCAGGGAAGAGAAAGCACCUUGUCCCCAGUGUUCCAAGGAAAAAGUGGAGCUUAUGUGCCAUGCUUAAGGAUGCUUGUUCCUUCUUCUCCUCCUAAGUCUCACGUGACGCACUCCCCUACCUCCCCUUCCCUUUGCUGAAGGCAGUGCUCUGACAGAAUCUACCUGUCAGACAGCCAAGCUCACUGGACAGCAGCUGGAGACCUCUGCAGGAAGAGGCCACCGACCAGCCACUGAACAUGAACUGAACAGGUGGAGAACAUGACCCUGGCCAGCCAGCAGGGCUCCUGAUGGGAGUAGGAUGAACCUGCACUGCAGUCUGCCAUCAAGCACCAGCUGACUGAUGGAGGUCAUGAGGGAGCCUUUCUAAGCACUCAACCUGUGUUCCCCCUUCCUCCAUAGGCAGCCUCUCCAGCAGUCCCUUACCCCUUUAAGCUUUCCCACCUUCUCAACUAUGCUUCUGUGUUUGUGCAUUCUGUGUAUCCCUGGGGCUGAAUGUGUACUCAUCCAGGUAGGUCUAUGUCCUAAACCACUUGAGAAGCUGAAUAGCACUACAUCGGUGUAAAUGUAUGUUGCUGUUUAUGAAUGCAUCCUUUCGUCGUGUGGAUGGAUGUGUGGCUGUGUGGAUGCAGCUUUGCGAAAGUGUCACUUAUGUACAUGUGUACUUACAUGAACACAAGCAAAUAUAUUCUGUAUAUAUUUGUAGAGUAAGUGUGUGUCCAUAUUCCUGUGUUUAUUGAACUUAGUUAGUAUGAAAGUACAUACAUCAGUAACCAUAUAUAUUUCUUAUCAGUGAUUCUUCUAUAAACACCAGGAUUCCAGUGGCCUGUUCUGACAUGAGGGAAGCCUUAUUUAGCUGGACUGAUCAACUGUUUUUUUCCCAGUUCCACGGAGCAGGGUCUCUUGGUUCCCAUUGAUCCUCACUCUCCCUCCACCCAUCUCUUCUGUCUCCUGGAUAGAAGACCCAGAAGAAAUUAGUGCAGUCCAAAGAAGUGCUAAUACAGUGCCUUGGGGGUAGGAAGUACUUAAUCCACAGGGUAAGCGUUCAGUGCUCAGCAUUGUGCUUGGUGCUGUGCCAAAAGACUAACUGGGAAUAAAAAUACGGUAUAGACAGUAGGGUGGGAGAGCCAGAGAACUGGACAGGAGGUGGUAUUAUGCUUUGAAACAUUCAUUCCUUUCUUCUUAUCACUUUGUGAGCCUGACACAUGUGCGGCUUGGUGGCAAGCAUGGACAAGCAUGCAGUGAAAGGAUAUGCCCUAAAAAUUGGCUUUCAGUGGCUGCAUGCUCAAAACAAAGGUUCCUGGGAUGGCUGCAGGUGAGACCUGUCGUGCUGGGCCUAUUAGAGAAUACUUCCGUAGCCCAUCCUAAUGGCUGCUGGAUUCCAUCAAUAGGCCCCAAACUCCAUUGAAUUUGGAGCUUGAGAAUUUUUCACUUCAACCCGUUCCAGGGAAAGAGUCAGGAGGUGAAAGUAAAAAUGAACCCAGGUACUGACUGACUAGAUGGGCCCACUGUGUUGUCUCUCCUUGUCUGUACACAUAGAAACAGCUACAGCCUCUUAGAUAUACACGCCCACCCACACAUACCCACACCAUCACACAUGUAUAUGUACAUACAUGGGGGACACCCAUGCUCAUCAGUAUAUACACAGGCAUGCCAAGACACAAAAUCAAAUCCGCACACACUCACACACACACACACACACACACACACACACACACACACACACACACAUACACACACACAAUUAAAAACAAAGUUAUUGUCAAAAUGUCUAAGAUUGACUCUUUGGUGUUGGCACCCUGCACAGAGGGUUCCGGUGAAAGGGAGAGUAGUGUGUCCUCAUCUAAAGUCAGCUUCCUGGAUCCUGAACAUUGGCUGCUUAUUUGAAUUUGGAUCUCUAUGAUCCUGGAGGGGCUUAUGAACCCUGUGGUGUCAAGCAGGAAGAAGUGAGAAGUUAGAAUGGGAAACUGGGGCAGUGGGAACAAAGAGGCAACAAUGCCCAGGAAGGCUUCCCAGUGAAGGAAGGGCAGAGAGGCCAGUUGUAAAUAUUCACAUAACUAGAUAUAAUAUAUCCUAAAAAGACUUUUGCCCUAACGUGCUGCAACGAGAGCAGUUGAACUCUACUGCGACUCAUACUUUGUGACGUUCAGUGUCAAAGUGCUGUGGAGGUUUGGCAAUGAUUCAGGGUCUUGAAUCUUCUGAGCAUGCCAUGGCUUGGGUAUUCUUACAUGAAAGUUGCCAGAUCUCCCCUUGUUCUGUUCUGUGUGUGGUCUGUUGUCAGCAUCCUUGUCGUGCUCUGUCUUCUGCUGUCCCCAGCCUCUCCCCAGCCAUGCAGGCAGACCUUCUCUAUCUGGCUGCCUAUGUAUGUCUCCUCCCAAGCCUACCCCCACACCAAGUAUCUGUAGAAGUACAGAGCAUCUGACCAGUGCUCGUGAGGUUCAGCCAGUCAAAGAGCUUGGGCAGAAUGAAGGGCCUCGCUAAGUCUUGCAUGGAGCAACCCCACUUUACUACUCCACCCUGUAUUUUCUUCCUCUCUUCUUUUCCCCUAGAAUCCCUAUCCCAUGAAGAACACCAGCUGCCUGUCUUUUCAAAGUGUCACUGUGUUGUGGGAAUGUGCGAUGUGUUGCCUUCUAAGUUCUCUCCCGUUUGAUCUGCUACUGUGGGUGCCUUUGUAGAGGGAAUAAUCUACUGGGUCUUAAUGGACUUUGUCCAAUAUAUUCCUACCAUUUGUGCCAUCACAUUAAUAGCAAGGCAGCCAAGUCUUUGCAUACUUGGAACCGAGUUUUGCUGAGACUGUGACUCUUCCUAAUGAGGUUUCCUUACUCUGUAUAUACAGCAGCUAUCCCUUGAAGCUAUUAACUACUGAAUGCAUUCACUAAGCAUUCUGCCUGCAUGAUGCCCUCUGGUAGUAAGCAGGAACAUUAUAGCUACUCCACAACCCAUCAUUCAAGGAAACUGACUUGUCCUACUGAAAGUGCAUUGUGUUUCUGUUUGCUGUUUAACAUCCUGUGAUCAAUAUGAAAUAUAUAUUAUCAAUGUUGGGUUUUAAGGGGAGGGAGGGAAGGGUGUUAAAGUGUCUCUCUGUUACACUAAAUUCACAAUAUGCCAGCUGGUCAGGGUCUCCUUGUGUGGACCUUUAUUGCUGUGGGACAUUAUACCCUACAUCAUGGCACACUGCAUCCCCUGGAUCAGUGUUCACCAGCAAAGCGAGAGGUGCCAGAAUUUCCCACAGUGUGUGACUUCAGGCAAUGCCGGGGGAUUCUUCGAAUGGAGCCCAAGUAAGUAACAUUCUGGAAGUAUAUGGACUACAGUAAAACUCACUCAAG